UUAUAAUGGAGAAAAUUCUCUUGUUAAGUAUGCCUAGUGCACAGCGACUAGCGAGGGCCUAUACGCAGACUACAAGCAGAUUAUUUGUAUUAAAUACAAACAGUAUUAAACUUGUUCAGAUUAGGAUGAAUUCACAAAAUAAAGGAUUUUUGGAUUUGUUCGAUGAGAAUGGAAAGCUGAAAGAGCCCCCUAAGAAUUUGGAUUAUUUUUCCAUAUUUGGUUUGGAGAAAUCGUUUGCCUUGGAUACAGCCGAGCUCUCUAGAGUUUACAAGGGUCUUCAGAGGCAGCUUCAUCCGGAUAGAUUCUCUUUAAAACCUGAAGAGGAGAAGGAUAUUUCCGAACAUUGGUCUUCAAUAGUAAACAACGGAUAUAACUGGCUAUUGAAGCCUCUGCCUCGGGCACUGUAUCUUCUAGAACUUCUUGGAACUCCUCUAGAAGAGGGACAUAUUCAGAUACAAUCGGACUUCCUUAUGGAGAUGAUGGAGUUAAAUGAAGAUAUUUUAAGCGCUGACAAAGCUGAAAUAAUUAGUCUUGGUAAAGAAAUUAGGGUUCGGUUAAAUGAGUACAUUGAUAAGAUUGAGACUGCAUUUAGAGACGGAAAUACAGAGGAAGCCAGGAACGAGGUAGCCCACAUGAAAUAUAUAGCCAACAUGCUGGACAAGAUCAUAGAGAUUGAAACGAAACUUGAAAUAGAUUAAAUUUCAGA